AUGACAGGCACCGAGGACUCGUUGCACAUCUGGAACUGCCUGACCUGCAGGCGCCGGAAGGUCCGCUGCGAUCGGCGCUCGCCCUGCUCCCAGUGUGCCAAAGCCGGGCUCGACUGCGCCUUCCCCACGUCCGGCCGCGUUCCGACGAGGCGAGACGGAGCACCGGCCAGCAGCUCGAGGGACAGAAACCAGGAUCUGCUUGCUCGGUUGAACCGCCUCGAGGGCUUGCUCCGACACAUAGGCGUGCAGCCUGACGAUCCCGCCCCCUCCGACGAUGUCCUCCAUCCGCAGGCAACAGCGGCAGAACCACGCAGUGACGACGAGGCGUUGACGCAAAGUGUCGGCAGCAUGUUCGUGUCUGAAGACGACACCAUCUACAUCCCCAGCCGCUUCUGGCGACACAUUUCGGAAGAGGUCACAAACCUUCGCCAGUCAUUCGAGGCUGAGCGUCAGCAGUCCAGCAUUGGCGGAGAUGAAGCCUCUGAGCCCUGGAGUCUGCCAUGGGCGCCCUUUCCAGCCCAUCACGCCAUGUCGUUCGACAUGAGCGACUACCAACCACUACCAUCUCAGAUGGCAUUCGUCUGGCAGACGUAUUGCGACAACGUCGACCAGGGCAUCAAGAUCCUCCACCGAAAGACCAUAGACAAGGUCAUUCGCGAUUCCAAGGGGCGAAUCUCUUCCCUGCCAGUCUCCUGGCAGCCAGUCGUCUUCGCCGUGUCCUUGGCAGCCAUCUCCUCCAUGAGUGAACAGGACGUGUUGGAGAACUUUCGCGAAUCUCGCACGGCCCUUGUCCGCCGCCUCUCGACAGGCGCCGAGGUGUCCCUCGCCAAGGCCGAUGUUCUCAACACGACAGAUACUCGCGUACUCCAGGCACUGGUUCUGUACGUCGAGGCCAAGUGCCACGAGGCAGGCACCCGCGCCUCUUGGUGCCUCACAGGUCUCGUCGUCCGCAUCGCCCUGCUCAUGGGACUGCACCGCGACGGCUCCCAUUUCGAAGGCAUCUCGCCGUUCAACGUCGAAAUGCGGCGGCGAUUGUGGUGGCAUAUUUGCUUCAUCGAUGCUCGCUCAGGGGAGUCGCAGACGACCUGUACUCAAUUGUCUACAUUUGGCAUCUUCCAGGACACGGAGCCGCCGACGAAUAUCGACGACGACGACCUCGAUCCCCAGGACAUGACCACACCAACACCACGCAACGGCAUCACCGACGCGUCGCUCGCCAUUGCUCGCUACCACUUCUGGCAACUCGCUAAGCGGGAGAAGCGCCCGUGGUCCUCUGCGACUGCCGAGACGGAAGCUCAAGACGCCGUGAGCCUCACGCCGGAGGCGAUCGAAGCCCUGGCGACGACUCGCCAGAAGAUUGAAGACAGCUUCCUCCGGCACGCCGAGCCCAGCAAUCCCCGUCACCAAUUUUUCUCCGAUAUCGUGCGCCACGCGCUCGCGAGAUCAGAGCUCAAUCUGAGCAUGCGAGACAACCCACCGGCAACAUCAACCCCCAGCGCCGCUGCCAAUCCUGGCUUCAACCGCAUCCUCGUCCUUUGCUUGACCGUGCUUGAGCUGUCCAAUAGGCUUGAAAUGUCACCAGCGACGAGUGGCUGGUACUGGGCCCUUCAGCCACAGGUCCCCUGGCGCCACUUGAGCGUGCUCCUCGUACAGCUCCGGGACCGUCCGUGGAGCGUUGCGUGCGAACGGGCAUGGACGUGUCUCAACGUGUACCUGACCUCGUCCACCUCCUUCAAGGCCAACUACAGAAAGGACAUACUCUGGCUCCCAGUGAGAAAGCUCGUGCGAGAUGUCGCUGAACACCGGAAGCUAGAGAACGAGCGCACCCAGCAAGACAACGACAUCGCUCAACAGCUGCUUUCUGCGCAAGAGUCGGAUCUCUCACGCGGCCCGGACGUAUUCCAUCCACGUGCCUGGCAGAGUGCGACGCUCGACAUGGCCGAGGCGGAGAGACGACUGGCUCUGGGGACGCAAGUGCCCGAGGGGGGCGUCAAUGGUGUAUGGCUAUCACAUGGUAUCGAUGACGGCCCUGGACUUCGAAUGGGAAACCCUAGCUCCUUGACGACGGAUGGCAUGUCGAACAGCGGGCUCAACUCGGAAGCUCCGGCAUUCGAGGCGAGUCUGGGCUGGGAGGAACUGGCACUGGAUGGCACAUUCGCAGACUCAGCUGAGGCAUGGCAGGCCUGGGAUCAGAUGAUGGCGCUGUAA